GUUGCCAAAGGGUGAUUCAACUUGACCGCGGGAAGCAAAAACGUUUUUUUUCUUUUUGCAGAGGUCAUACGUGCAAGUAUAGAUUUUGUGCGAAACUGUAGAAUUGUAGCUUGGUACGUUUUUCCGUUUUUUUAGGUGCGAAAAGUAAACCGUGAAUUUAGGCUUGACAGCCUGUUCACCGCUUUACUUUUGGAAACGGGUGCCCUGCGUAAACAGGAAGAGAGAAACGGAUUGCAGACGUUAGCUAGAACUACAUUUUAAGCGCCUUUAAAUUAGCCUGUCCACAUUUAAUGAAAGGACCAUAAGUUAUUUGAAAACUAGGAUUAAAUAUUUUUAAAUGCAUGUCGGAAGAAGCGAACCCGUAAAGCCUUUGAUAACGAGUGGUUUUUCUAGUGUGUUACUUUGAAACGGAUAGUGGGGUGAUCAGUCAUUAAAAAAACAAUCACAAUACAUUUUAGCAAAUGGCAAAUGAAAGCAUUAUACAUGUAUCAGGUAGCUGGUGAAAGACAGUACCUCUGAGGUUAAGUCAAACACAGAACUGUUUACCAGUGCGGUACUUACUAUUUUUAAGGCGUGAAACCAUGAAGCUGUCUCGAGCUGAAUACAAUGAGAUAGCGAGGUUUAUGGAGAAACUCCGACCCACACGCCAGUGUAUGAGGAUGCUUAAGGAAAAGUUUCCCAGUCAAUCGCAGUCCACUCUGCUGAGCAUCUUCUCCCUGGAGUACCAGAAAAGAAUUAAAAGAACAAUUUCAAAACAUCAUACACCAGAGGCUAUUGAAACCUACUACCUAAGGUACCAGAGUGAGAUGAAGAACAAUCCGACUGCUCCUGUCCUUUUAAGCUUAGCCAAUGAGGUGAACUUCUCUCCUUCACUCAUGGCUCGACUUAUUCUGGAGCGGCACCUCCAGGAUCAGGAAGGUGCACUGUCCACCAAGUCUGUUAUAAACAGCCUGCUAAGGGAGCCAUCUUUAAUUCGUGACCGACAACUAGCCAAUCAAGUCUACCAGUGCACAAUAAAUGACUGCUGUUAUGGACCGUUGGUAGACUGCAUCAAACAUGCCAUUGGACAGGAACAUGAAAUCCUGUUGCGGGAUAUGCUUAGAGAGAGAAACCUGUCCUUUCUAGAUGAAAAUCAGCUACGUAUUAAGGGCUACGACAAGACACCUGACAUAAUUUUGGAGGUACCUAUAGCUGUUGAAGGUCACAUCAUUCACUGGAUUGAAAGCAAAGCUUCAUUUGGGGAUUACCAAAGUCAUCGCACUUACUUGAAUGACCAGUUUUGGAGCUACUGGAACAGGUUUGGUCCUGGAUUAGUUAUCUACUGGUAUGGAUUCAUAGAAGAGCUCGAUUGUCAUCGUGAACGUGGCAUCCUGCUUAAAGACUGCUUCCCUACAGACAUUGUAACUUUAUGCCACGGUGCAGGCCAAAGCUAAUGGUGGAAGAGGAGAGAGGGGUGAAUCCGGAAGCAAUUUUCCUUUCCUGCAGUGCAAACUACUGGCAAACAUCUGUCCUGAACUUCAGAUGAACUCCUGCUGGCCAGGGUCAUGCUAAUACUGUUUUAGAAAAACAUACCCAGAGUUUCUGUUUAACUUCAGCCCUAUGCUUGUGUGAGCAGCCAAAACUGACAGACACAUCCCACUCAUUAUCACCAGCUCUGUCUCUGUCGAAUGGUUUAUAGAUAGUCAUAAUCUGUCUUCCUUCCGAAUUCCUUCUUUCUUCUUACUUGACAAGGGGCAAACACCAGAAACCAAAGGUGUGGCCUUUUCAAAGUUUGCUUCAGAGCUUUCUGCCCCCCUUCUCCUCCCUUUCGAUCUCACACCACUUUGCCUAUCUGAUUUAGCGGAUCUGUUAUUUCUCAUUUUGUGGUCAUUUUGAUAUAUUUAAUUUUAUAGGUUAACAUAAAAAUAGACCGAUUUUACCAAUAGAUGGCCUGUUUUCAUUUGUUUUUAUAAUAGCAGUUAAGAACAUUAAUUUAAAUUCAAUUGUUACUUGCAUAUUAAUACCCAUGAGACAGAAAUUAGGAAGAUGGUCACACGUUAUUUUUGCUGUGUUUUUCUAUGAGAUCUGGUUUUGCUUCCAUGUUUGAAAACCAUGAUACCGUGGGAUAUUUCAGUGUAUCUCAUUAUCACAGUACUUUAGUUUCUAGGUGGUAAACCCUGUUCAACAAAUGUGGCAUUAGGUCUAUGACACAAAUGUGCAUUUAGUCUACAGGUUUGUAGUAGCUAGCAUGGAAAGUAAACUUUUAAUAUCCAUUCCUAAAAGCCUAUUUUUAUUUCCCUGAGACAGCUUUAAUUUCCUUUGAAUAGUUAUUUUUUGUAUAAGUCUUUAAUCUAAAUGACACCCAAUUUACAUGGAAUCAGUAAUUUUGAGAGCUGCAUUUUUUUUCAAUGUUGUACUCCUUGGAAUGAUAACUUUACAGCCAGGACUACUUUUAUGAGGCCGUCUCUGGUGAGUGCUAAUGGAAUAAACAUUGCUAAGCCAGAGAGCAGAAGUGAGCAUAAAAUUGAAUGAUGUUUUCAGUGGCAUAUAUAGACUGCCACAGGGGGUCCUUCUUAGAAGAAUGAAAAAAAUUUUUGCAAUGAGAAUAAAAUUUUUAGUUUUAUACAGUAACAGAAUAUCUAGUUGGAGUUAACAGAAAGUCAUUUUUUCAUGUUGUGUAAAAUAACACCAAAUUUCUCUAGACCAAAAUGUAUUGAGUCCUGCCUGGCAAAGCAUUCAUUAUUUUCACCCUGCUUAAAUACAGCUAUAUUGACUGUGAUGAUGCACAUAACUGAGUGCAAGAAUUUUUACUAACCUUAAUAUCUGGUGUGGAGUUAAUCAGUGUAAAUCCACAGUAAUUAUCUCUUUAAAAGUGUACAUUUUUAAAGUUUAACUUUAUUAUAAAGGAAAAUGACAUAUAGAAUUUCAGAACUGUUUUCACACCAUUGAAUACUGUUGUUCCAAAAGAGGAAUAUUCCAGCUGUUUGUGAUGCUUCAAACAAGCAAGUGCAAUUUUGUAUUUUUUGUGUUGAUUAGACAGCCGUUGUAUUAAAUGCGUGCUCAUAAAAGAAAAACGCAUACAUUAAAGUGUCACCCAAUGUCAAAUGAUUUCCUAAUAAAAAGGGAUGCACUUGUACAAGGUCAAUUGAAUGUUUUGUGUGCCACCAGAACACAGCUAUUGAAUAACUCAUGAUAAUCCAAUUUUGGCUUGAUAUUUCAAGCCAUGCAACAUCAGUCAAAGGGAACAUUCAGAAAUGGAACUGUUCAACAAAAUGUUUAAAGGAAUCUGUUAAGAUCCCUGGGUCAUGCAGAAACCUUAGUUUUAAUAUGUUGCCUGUGAUUUUAAUAAAAUGACUUAGAUUGUCUAGUUCAUUUUUCAUCCUGGAGAAAUUACUGCUCUGCCACUGGCAUGUGCAUCUGGAGGGAGGCUUAAAUAUCAGCAAACUGUUGCGUGAUUUGUUACGUUUAAACCUCUAACCUUUAGCCACUCCUAUGUAGUCAUGAUCCUGAGAUGAAGACCUGGGUUACACAGAGGUCAGAGAUAACCCAUGCUUUCCAUGGUCAUGCCCUUCCAUACGGGAGCGAAGCAACUUUCCCCCAGUGCAUAGUAAAUGUUACCUCAUUGCAUGUUACAGGAAUGCUUAGACAUCAUUUUAUAGCUCUUUCAUGGUCAAAAAAACAAAGUUUUAAG